GCAUGGCGGCCCCGUGGCUGCUGCUCGGCCUGGCCGCGCUGGCCGUGCUCGCCGCCCAAGCCCCGGAGCCGCCGCCCGCCGCCCUCCGCGCCGGCCACGCCGCCUCCUCGCUGCCCGCCGCCGCCGCCGCCCCGCGCACCAGAUACCUUUUGUACGAUGUAAACCCCCCUGAGGGGUUCAACCUUCGCAGAGACGUCUACAUCCGCAUUGCUUCCCUUGUGAAGACCCUGAGGAAAAGUGAAAACUGGGUGUUAGUCCUGCCUCCCUGGGGGAGGCUUUAUCACUGGCAGAGCCCCGAUAUCCUUCAGGUCCGGAUCCCUUGGUCCGCGUUCUUUGAUGUCCCAAGCCUCAACAGGAACAUCCCUGUCAUUGAAUAUGAGCAGUUCCUUGCAGAGUCAGGUGGGCCCUUUAUUGAGCAGAUUUAUGUGCUACAAGGCUAUGCAGAAGGAUGGAAAGAAGGAACAUGGGAAGAAAAAAUCAAUGAAAGGCCAUGCAUUGAUCAGCUGAUGUACUCCAAGGACAAACAUGACUACUACAGGGGCUGGUUCUGGGGCUACGAGGAAACACGAGGCCUGACCGUCUCCUGUUUGUCUGUCCAAGGAUCUGCUUCCAUCGUGGCUCCCAUCCUUCUGAAGAACACUUCAGCACAGUCAGUGAUGUUAGACAGAGCUGAAAACCUUCUUCAUGACCACUACGGAGGGAAAGAUUACUGGAAUACCCGUCGGAGCAUGGUGUUCGCUAAACACCUCCGUGUGGUGGGAGAUGAGUUUAGGAGGAAGCACCUCCAAUCCACGGAUGAGGCAGACAGGACUCACUACAAGGAGGACUGGACGCAGAUGAAGGUUAAGACGGGCACAGCUCUGGGUGGUCCGUACCUUGGGGUUCAUCUCAGAAGGAAAGACUUCAUUUGGGGUCACCGAGAAGAUGUGCCUUCCCUGCAGGGAGCAGUAAAGAAAAUCCGCAGCCUCCUGGAGACGCUUAAGCUCGAGAAAGUUUUUGUAGCCACUGACGCUGUCGAGGAGGAGACUGAGUUGCUGAAGAAACUGCUGCCCGAGAUGGUGAGGUUUGAACCCUCCUGGGAGGAGCUGGAGCUCUAUAAGGAUGGGGGCUUGGCUGUGAUUGACCAGUGGAUUUGUGCACACGCAAGGUAUUUUAUAGGCACCUCAGUUUCAACAUUUUCCUUCCGAAUCCACGAGGAAAGGGAGAUCUUGGGAUUUGAUCCAAAAACAACUUACAACCGAUUCUGUGGUGAAACAGAGAAAAACUGCGAGCAGCCAACCCACUGGAAAAUUGUCUAUUAAAUACAAGAGAAAUACAAGGGCUUCAGUAUUGCGAGAGCACAAAAGAAUAAGGAAGAACCACGGGGAAAUACCAUACGUGGUUCCCUGUGGGGUUUUAGGUUGAAGGACGGGAGAGCUCUGUCCAUGCUCAUCUUGGGAGCACCAGUCUCUCCCCCAGGAGGAACCGAGCUGCCACAGGAAUCAAAGCAGGCAGGGACUGCUCCUGCUCCCAGGGAAGAGCCUGCAGCACCCACGCCUUGGGAUGGGAGAUGCCCUGGGGAAGCGCCAGAGCAGCCGGCUGGCAGGGAACCAGGGGACUGCCUGGGCCCUGCUUACAUCCUCUGCCCCCCAAUUGCUCAGGCCUUCCCACACCCUGUCCCCUCAGGGCCUCCUCUGAGCACAGUUUAAUAAAAUUCACAUUUAACAAAA